GGAGAAGAGGGGAGUUGUGUGAGUGGGGGGUGAUAACUGCCCCCCCCAAUCCAGUUUCAGUGCUAGUGCUCCUUCAGUGCACACUUUACUACAGCUUGCAAUGUGAAUCUGGGAUAUCCUUGUUACAAUUCACCCUCCACAUCCCACACAAACAUGCCCACAUACACGCACACACAUGCACACAUACACUGGGAGCCUACACUGCCUAGUGCACCCUGACACAGGGACUACAGAAUUCCUGUCAUGCAUGCACACACAGGCAUACAAGCAGUGCUGGAUCAUGCAUCUCCAACCUGGGACUUCAGUAAUGCUCCACAGCAAGACAACUGGAGAAUUAUAUGCCAAAUAAGGAUUUAAUCUAUUUUUUUAUUUGUAUUUUUUGUAAGGGGGAACCCUGAAGAUUUUGGGCUGCAGUACAGCAUUUUGCUUUUAUGUUUUUUUUUUUAUGUUUUUUUUUCUCCUGGUAGUUAUUUAAUAUCUAUAUAUACAUAUAUUUUUCUGCUUGGUGGCAAAAAGUAACCUCUCUGCAUCCCAACAAUGGAACUAAACUGGAUGUUGCUUUUAUCUCUGGUUUGGCAAGUUCAAGCUGUGGAAGAGACCCUAAUGGACACCAGGACGGCGACAGCAGAACUGGGCUGGACAGCCACUCCUUCUACUGGGUGGGAGGAAGUGAGUGGCUAUGAUGAAAACCUCAACACAAUCCGCACUUAUCAAGUUUGCAAUGUCUUUGGUCCUAACCAGAACAACUGGCUUCGCACCACUUUCAUUCCGAGGCGUAUGGCCCAACGUGUCUACGUGGAGAUGCGUUUCACUGUCAGAGACUGUAGUAGCCUUCCUAACGUGCCAGGCUCUUGCAAGGAGACAUUUAACUUGUAUUACUAUGAGACAGACUCCCAUGUUGCCAAUAAAGACUCUGCAUUUUGGAAUGAUGCCCCUUAUCUUAAAGUAGACACCAUAGCGGCCGAUGAGAGUUUCUCACAAGUGGACUUUGGUGGGAGACUGAUGAAGGUGAACACAGAGGUGCGUAGCUUUGGCCCAUUGACUCGCAGCGGUUUCUAUUUAGCCUUCCAGGAUUAUGGAGCAUGCAUGUCGCUCCUCUCUGUCCGUGUCUUCUUCAAAAAGUGCCCCAUUGUGGUUCAGAAUUUUGCAGUCUUUCCUGAAACUAUGACUGGGGCAGAGAGCACGUCGCUGGUAAUAUCACGAGGAACCUGUAUACCUAAUGCAGAGGAGGUAGAUGUACACAUUAAACUGUACUGCAACGGGGAUGGCGAGUGGAUGGUCCCCAUUGGAAGAUGUACUUGUAAAGCUGGAUAUGAACCUGAGAACCAUACCGUCUGCAAAGCCUGCCCAGCCGGCAUGUUUAAGGCCAAUCAAGGGAUGGGAAUAUGCGCGCCGUGUCCUGCAAACAGCCGCUCCACCGCCGAGGCCUCUCCGAUCUGUAUCUGCCGCAAUGGAUACUACAGAGCCGAUUUUGAUCUGGCAGAGGCAAUGUGCACCAGUGUUCCUUCUGGGCCCCGUAACGUCAUCUCUAUCGUUAAUGAGACAUCAAUCACGUUGGAGUGGCACCCGCCGCGUGAAACUGGGGGCAGGGAUGAUGUCACCUACAAUAUCAUCUGCAAGAAGUGCCGGUCUGACCGGCGUGGCUGCUCCAGGUGUGAUGACAAUGUGGAUUUUGUUCCACGGCAGAUGGGACUGACCGACACCCGCGUCUUCAUAAGUAAUUUAUGGGCUCACACCCUUUAUACUUUUGAGAUCCAGGCGGUGAAUGGAGUAACCAAUAAAAGCCCAUUUCCUCCCCAGCACGUCUCGAUCAAUAUAACCACAAAUCAAGCAGCUCCCUCCACUGUUCCCAUCAUGCACCAGGUCCGAGCUACCAUGAAGAGCAUCACCUUGUCUUGGCCUCAGCCAGAACAGCCUAAUGGAAUUAUUCUGGAUUAUGAGAUCCGCUAUUAUGAGAAGGAUCAUAAUGAAUUUAACUCAUCAAUUGCUAAAAGCCAGACAAACACGGCCAGCAUAGAUGGUCUGAGGCCAGGAGUGGUGUACGUGGUGCAGGUCAGGGCUCGUACUGUUGCAGGUUAUGGAAAAUACAGUGGGAAAAUGUGCUUCCAAACGCUGACUGACGAGGACUACAAAUCCGAACUCAGAGAGCAGCUUCCAUUGAUCGCCGGCUCGGCUGCUGCCGGUGUCGUCUUCAUAGUCUCCCUGGUGGCCAUUUCCAUUGUUUGCAGCAGGAAGAGAACGUACAGCAAAGAGGCAGUGUACAGUGAUAAACUGCAGCACUACAGCACUGGCAGAGGUAAGGUUCUGCCGCCUGGGAAAUGUUCCCCAGGGAUGAAGAUUUACAUUGACCCCUUCACAUAUGAAGAUCCUAAUGAGGCCGUGAGAGAGUUUGCGAAGGAGAUUGAUGUCUCUUUCGUGAAGAUUGAGGAAGUCAUUGGGGCAGGAGAGUUUGGGGAAGUAUACAAAGGCCGCUUGAAGCUCCCCGGGAAGAGGGAAAUCUAUGUUGCGAUUAAAACCCUCAAAGCCGGAUACUCAGAAAAGCAAAGACGGGACUUCCUGAGUGAAGCCAGCAUUAUGGGUCAGUUCGAUCAUCCCAAUAUCAUCCGCCUGGAAGGUGUGGUCACAAAGAGUCGGCCUGUUAUGAUCAUUACAGAGUUCAUGGAGAACGGGGCCCUGGACUCCUUCCUUCGGCAAAAUGACGGCCAGUUUACGGUGAUCCAGCUGGUAGGAAUGCUCAGAGGUAUCGCAGCCGGCAUGAAAUAUCUAUCAGAAAUGAAUUACGUGCAUCGAGACCUGGCAGCCAGGAAUAUCCUGGUGAACAGCAACUUGGUGUGCAAAGUGUCCGACUUUGGGCUCUCUCGCUAUUUGCAGGAUGACACCUCAGAUCCAACAUAUACCAGCUCCCUGGGCGGGAAGAUCCCAGUGAGAUGGACGGCCCCAGAAGCCAUUGCCUACCGCAAAUUCACGUCAGCCAGUGACGUCUGGAGUUAUGGCAUUGUCAUGUGGGAGGUGAUGUCAUUUGGAGAACGGCCAUACUGGGACAUGUCCAACCAGGAUGUCAUCAAUGCCAUCGAGCAGGAUUAUCGCUUACCUCCCCCCAUGGACUGUCCAGCUGCCCUGCACCAGCUCAUGCUGGACUGCUGGCAGAAGGAUCGAAACAGCCGGCCGCGCUUUGGGGAGAUUGUCAAUACUCUGGACAAGAUGAUCCGGAACCCCGCCAGCCUCAAGACAGUGGCCACCAUUCCUGCUGUGCCUUCCCAGCCGCUGCUUGAUCGCUCCAUCCCAGAUUUCACAGCCUUUACCUCAGUAGACGAUUGGCUGAGUGCUAUCAAAAUGGGACAGUACAGAGAUAGCUUCCUAAGCUCUGGUUUCACCUCUCUGCAGCUUGUUGCCCAGAUGACCCCAGAGGACCUUAUGAGGAUAGGAAUAACAUUAGCUGGACACCAGAAAAAAAUCCUGAACUGUGUUCAAUCUAUGAGGGUCCAAAUGAACCAGUCUCCCACCUCUAUAGCAUGAGACUUUGGGCUGGGUGAGGGAGUCAUUGAGGGUGGGGGUGGGAAAGAGAAGUGCUUGGAGACAGGAAGGGUAAGGGCAGUGGGGAAACAUGAACUUUGCAAUUGAGAAGGUAACACUUCAAUGUCAGCGAUGGACCAUCCGUCCAUAAUGUAAGGCCAAUACACUGAUUGUCUCUCAUAACACGGGGCAUUGCAGAUCCGUAAAGGCAAGAGAAGCAUCAGGAACUGGAUGUUGUUGACCAUAAGAUAUUGAUCAAUGGUGGGACAUUGCUUGAGAAGGGCCUGCCUGUGAACAUCACAUUUAUUGGUUAACGUAAAUAACGGUGCUCAGUUCGAUCCUAAUUGAAAUUGCAAAGAGAUGGAGAAUGCCAUAUUGAACCUGCUUCACCCAUGAAUGGAUGCCCUACAUAUCCUCAUUUCUGCCACUGCUGCUGCAUCAGGGAGGGAGGCCGUCGGCACACUUCAAUCUUCUCUUUUUAUUGUUUUGAUUGUCUUCAUAUUGAAGAUGAGGUUGUAUGGAAGAACAAACAUUUUUUUCUUCUUUUGCUUGCAUUUUUUGGCAAAAAAAAAGGAAAAAACUAAAAAGAUUCAGGAAGAAAACCUGACAAUGUGUCUACCUUUGUGUCCUGUAUGUAAAAGAAAUAAAAAUACAGAUUACAGAGUUUACGGAUUCAGUGUUUGUACAUAGAGAGAAAAAGGGACUGAGACCUAUGAAAUACAGAGAGGGCUUUGUUGAGUUCUCUUCUUUAUGGAACUGUAUCUGUAUAAUAGCAGACUUUGUAAUUGGAAACUCAACACAGCACAGAUACGGAAACAACGAAGACAUCUGCGGUGGUUGGUGCACCAUGGCUCCUGGAGUAUCAUAGCACAAAUGUCACUGGGCUCAUGUGAUUUACUCUAAGACCGUCUUAUUGUCUAUGUGGAAAUAAUUUAAUGCAGAACGUGUCAAUGGCAUCUUCUAGUUUAAGAGGUCAGUACUAGGCUUUGUUGUAUCUUCUGUUAUAAUUGCCUUCUAGACUUCUCUUCUAAAUUGAGCCACUACUGUACAGGAUGCACACUUUGCCAUUGCUGAGUAAAAUUUACAUUGCUUGA